GUUAGUACUGUAUUGCGCACAUACACCGUAUACCAGCGACACGUGGGAAUAGUCAUAAAGAUUACUCAAGGUUUCGUGCACCUCCGCUGCCAUGCAAUGGAGGGGCGAGAACUUGAUCCAUAUGAGCAGCAACUGUUGGCUGUGUUUGAAAGCUGUGAUCAGGAUAAGUCUGGGAGUUUGGAUGGUCAUGGACUAGAACAACUCUGUGAAAAAUUGCAGCUUGAAGAGCAAGGCUUUGAAUUAAUGAAAUGUUUGCUUGGAAGUUCUUCUCCCAACAAAAAGGUGACAUUUGCUGAAUUCAGAGAUGGUCUUCUUGCUCUUUUGGGUGAAGAUCAAGGUGAGCAAGCAAACAGAAGAGAAGCAGGAGGCAGGGGGUCACCAGAACGAGAGGUUUCCCCCAAGUUUGUAUUUGGGAAAAAGAAAUAUGGGCGUCGGUCUCGCCCAGAAAGCACAGAUCAAGAUUUGACAGUUGAACAUGAUGAAAAUUCAGAGGACUCAGAUUUGGAGAUAUUUGUGCCUGUUGAAGACAGAACCAAAGAAAUCACAAUGAGAUCAGUAACUGAAGCAUCUUCUCUUGAAGAUGAUGAGCAUGUAAAGAAACGGAAGACAGGUAUACACAUUCAAUUGGAUAGUAAAGGAACUUCUCUUGCAGGAACCCAGAAUUCAGGUAUGGCAGAAGUCAGUGUACCUAGCUGGCGGGUAAAAACACAGCUUUCUGAGUUAUGUUAUGAGAAUGCUGCUCCAACUCUGGGCCAUGUUGGUGAGAAUGAGGAAGAGUGCCUUAGAGCUGCUUGGGAAAGACUUGGUGUUGGCAAGCAUGGUUUCCUCGACAAAGGAGAACUUGCCCUUGUCUGUGAAUGCAUUGGCAUGGAGAAGGUAGCAGAGGAAGUUAUCCAACAGUUGUUUGAAAAACUGGAUGUUGAUUGUGAUGGCCGCAUUAGUUUUGAUGAAUUUCUGCUUCUUUUUCGAAGUGGUGGAAGUUGGGUUCAGCCAGCUGUUCCCACACAGGUACAUAUGGGAGACAGGAAAACUAACAGAGGAAUGCUGGGAGCAGACUUUCAACAGUGUUCAGACAAUCCUAAUGAACACCAAACUUUGGGAUCUUCAUCAGACCAAGAUCCACGAUUCUUGUCUCUGGAUCCAAACAGUGCUGGGCUUGUGAAUGCAGAGAUCAUAGUAGAGAUGUGGGAGGCAGCUGGCAUUCCAGGUCCAUCUCGUUUGUUGCAAGAUUUGGGUUUCAGCGAUUCACAGCGACUCAAUAUAACAGAGUUGGUGGCAGUCCUAGAAGAGGAGCUGCGCUCGUUAGCUGAGGAAAGGAGAAACGAUGAUGCUGCUGGAGCCAGGGUCAGUUCCUGUUCUCCACAUGAAAUUUUACUUCAAGCAACAUUAGCUCUCUACCACACAGAAGUUCGUUGUCUGAAAUUGUCCCUGGAGCAUAUGAGUGGUGAGCGUGACAAACUUCGGGCUGAUAUAAUGGAUGCCAAUCAGAGAGCUUCUCUUCUUGCACAGGAAGUUGAUGACCAUCAUGCUCGACUCGAGAAAUCUAGUCAACUUCAAAUCAAACUGUUAGAACAGCGGCAUGCAGAACAGCUGAAGGACCUAUCAGAACAGCUCGGAUCAGAUAGAGAACAGCUUGCUGUCCAGAACUUAUCCCUGGAGAAACAGGUGUCCACGCUCCAAGAGGAGGAAUCUCGAUUAAGGUUACAAGUUACCACGCUGCAGUCGGAAAACGAAGUUUUGGAGAAGGAAAACCAUAACCUUACAGAGCAUUUGUCAAAGUCAGAAGAAAUGAGGAUGCAGCUGCAAAAGGAAUUGGAGUCUCUGGCUGGGCUUCAGCAGCGGCUAAGUGAACUGGAAGGCUGUCAUGAACAGGAACAGAUGCAACCAUUGCUUCAGAAACUUGGUGAACUUCAAGCUGAGAACACUAGACUUCGAGAUCGUAAUGAUGAGCUAACAGUGGAAGUUGAGGCCCUUACUGCUAAGCUGGCAUCCUUAAAGACCAAAAAGUCCCCUGUAAUUCAACCAACUUGUGAGGCUGUGGAUGGAGUGACAUCAGUAGAAGGAAGUGGGAUUCCUUGUGGAGCAUCUGCAACUAAGAGGCGGGGUAACUCUCCCUUGGCUUUGGCUACUGAAGAUAGCUCUGAGGAGGAGAGCCCUCGCUUGGGCAAAGUGCGCCGCUGCUGUGAUGGUAGUGGUGACAGCCAAGAUGCUUCGCUUGAGGCUGUCAAUAUGGAAGGUCUUCAGAUCCAUCCUCUUGGUCAUGGUGAAAGUGGAGUGGAAACUGACUUAGAUAUUGAUGAUUAUACAGAUUCUAGUUUUGGGGGAGAGUGUAAACUAAAGGACCAUCAUUGCAGUGAGUGGGCCAACAGUGAAAUGUUGCCAUUAGUGUCUGACAGACAGGAGUCAGAAUUGAUAGCAAACUUGAAGGCCUAUAUUGCAAACUUAGAGCAAGAACUGAAACUGAAAAGUGAGAAACUCGUGGUUUGCGAGACAGAACGAAGCACACUGAAGGCGAAUCUAAGCAAGAAACCUCACUGUGUAGCUGUAGAAGAACCAGACAAACAGAAGUCUGUGAAGCAAAUGAAGGGUCAGUUGAAACAGGUGUUUCAAGUUAUUCGAAAGCAAGUCCUACAAGAAUUAUUGGAAGAAGGUGACAGUGUGUCUAGUCUGAAGGAAUAUUACAAUAGCCAUAACCAAAGAAAUGGACAAUUUGAUCUUCCAGACAUGACUGAUGAUGGCAAUAUGUCCAAAGUUACCAAUCUUCCUAAUCUGCAAUCCUCAGUCCCAUCAUCAGUGAAUGGAAUGAUCCCUGAUCCCCUAGACAAUACCAAAGAUGUUGAACAGUUAGAAAAACACUGUAGGGACCUAAAGUCGCAAUUAGAUCUAGUUAAGAUUGAAAUUGUGAAAAUUAUAUCUGAAAAGAACGCUUGUUCUAAAGAAAAUUGUGCCUUGAAGAUUCACAUAUCAGAUCUGAAGAAUCGGCUGCCUAUGGAUGAAGUACUUAAAGAUGUUUCUUGUUUUCUGUCAUCUCAAGAUGAUCAUGCAUUGGACAGAUCUCAGGAAGUGUCCAGUGUUCUAGGAGGCACAAGUGAUGUAACUAAAUGUACAAGAUCUGAUGACAAUGAUGUUGCAAUAAACAAGUCAGUUUCGGGGAAACAAGUGACCUUGGAAGUUAGCAGAGUGAAGGGUAUUGAAAUGGAGGCAGUGAAAAUGGACACUAAUGUGACCAAUUUAAUGGAAGGUAAUGAGAAACAUAGUAAAGAAUUGGUGAUAGGUAAGGAGAAUGAUUGUAAUGAGAAGGAAAAGUUUGAUUUACCCGAAAAAUCUAGAGAACAAAGCAACGUAAAAUGUUGUGCCUCAAAUUUAGUGCUGCAAGUAGAAGAUUUGUCAAAGAACUUGAAGAGAGAAGAGGAGGCACAUGUAAAAGAAAUCACAGAUUUGCAGGAGCGAUGCUGUGAGUUGGAGAGCAGUCUGGAAUUAUUACGUCAGGAGUAUGAGAAAUGUGAAGACUACUGGUCAAACAAACUGGAGGAAGAACGCCAUCUCUAUGACCAGGAACAGCAGCUUAGUGAUGAAAAAUUUUCAGAACUGAUGUCCAAGAUAAGAGAAUAUGAGGAAAUGUUUGGUGCCCAAGAAGAUAACAGCGUUGACAGUGACAGGCUGUCAACAAUAGAGGAGAGAGGCAGUCUUGAGAAGCAGCAAUUCCGAGAAGAGUUCACAGAUUUGGAAGAAGAGUUUGAAGAAUUCAAGCAGAAGGUUGAGCUGGAGCAAGCAGGGAAGGAGGAGGAAUUAUCUCAACUCAGAGGACUACUGAAGGCCAUGGAGCAACAAAAUAAGCACACAGACAAGCUGAAUGUGGCUGUGCAAGUUUCUGAUUUGGAGAAUGGAAGUUGGGAGAGUGAUCGCAAGUUUGUUGUGGAAUUGGAUGGUGCAAGGAAAGCAAUCCAGUACGAGAGAGAGUCGCAGAGACUCAGCAAGGUUGCUGGCCCAGUGAACGGUUACAGUAGUAUCAGGUCCAGACCUUUGGCUGGCAGUAGAUCAACUUCUCCACAGAGUGGGCCAAGUACAUUUCCUGAUAAUGCAGAUCUGCGGACUGAACUGAUUCAUCUUCAUAAUAUUAAGCAGCAGUUGGAUGAGGAAUGCCAUGUACUUCGCCACCAGAAAGAAGUAUUAGUACAGGAUGUUUUGGAAAUGCAAACCGGAAAAUCCUACUUCCAAAAUGGCGGUGCUGGAAUCCCUCCACACUGGGCAUCUGGUGCCAAGGUUCGUGGCCAGGCAUGUCGAAUUGACCUCAAUAUUCUGCAAGCUCUGAAUGCUCGACUCCGGCAGCAAGAACAGCAGUGUCAUCAUCUGGAGGUUGCUCUUAAACAGCAGCAGCAGCAGAGUGAAAUCAUCCUGAAGCGUUCACUGCAGGAACACAAAGAAAAGGUUGCAUCUUUGCAGACAGCAUUACAAAUAACCCAGGAGAAACUGAAUAAGCAGACAUCAGUGUGCAAGGAGCAAGUGGAUCGUCUAGCAAGAACUGACAUUCUGGUGAAAGAUUUAUAUGUUGAGAAUGCUUGUCUUGUAGCUGCAGUUCAGCGGCUGGAGCAGCAUUGUCAUGUGUUGGUCCAGAUGGCUCCAGACUCCAGCUCUGUUUGAAUGUGGUUGAGCCUCCUACAGAUCUAAAUGGUUAGAGUAAAUGUGAGGGAAAGCUAUUACAAAGUAUUUUGAAAGUAUGGUGCUGCCAAAGUGACUCAUAAGUAGAGGAAGUCUUUUGUAAUAGAUUAUUUUAGACUUAAUAUAUGUGCAAAUUAAAUAUCUUUGUAAUUCAUAUAUAUUAGAGAAAUAUUCGGAAAUUAGUUUUUCCCAGUAUUAGUACACAGGUGUAUCAAACCAAAUAUUUGAAUUGUUAAAAAUGUAUAUCUAGAAAAAUAAUUUACCUUUGGAAUGAAAGAUCAGUAAUAAUCUAACAAUUUCUUGUUAGAUCUUGCUGUUUUCUGUUUCGAUUCGUGCACAGCUUAUGUCUUUACUGUGAUUUUUGCUUGCUUAACUAUUUCCUCCUCUACCCUAUUAUUUUCCUUGCCAUUCCACCUCAGUUUCUCCUUCUCUCUCCAUUCCCAUACCUAUGAUACCUCCACUUCUUCAUCCCUUUCUGCUCUCUUAGACAGAUCAGUAGCACCUCAACUUCUUCAUAUGAUAGUCUUCUUAGUUAUGAACCCUGUAGUAUGGUAUGUGGCUACCAAUUUUCAGUAGAAAAUACUGUCUCCAUCUUCAGUGUGGGAGUAGUCAGGAUGUUCCUGCAAAAUGCUGGUAACCCCAUAUCACAAUGAAUGGUGUCAUAAUUAUAAAAUCAAAAUAUGAAUCACCACUAUCAUCGACACCUCUGUUUACUUAAAAAAAAAUAAAGCUAUCCCCAUACCAGGCCAUGAAGACCCAUAGGGUUGUGAGAAGUUGAGGGUC